AAUUUUGAAGAUUUCGUUGUUUAAUUUUUAGGUUGGGAUUUAGAAAAAUAUGUGGGGAUUUGAUUUGCUCUGAAUUUUGAAUUAAUUUGUUAAAACUAGUAUAUACCAUGGCUUUAAAUAAGUUAUUUUCUAGUUUGACUAUAAAUUCCAACUUAAUAAGUAGAAGAGCUAUCCACAUUUCUGCUGUAAAUUUUGCUAGUAAACCUCCAAUUGAGAAACCUAAGCCUGGUUUUGGUAAAAGCUAUCGUCGUAUUGUUCAUUUUCCUGAGAAAUAUACUGUCAAACCUUUAGAAGUUACAAAUCUUGCUGGAAGAGAUCCUGUCACUGGUCGGGUGGUAGCGAAAGGUAUAGGUGGUGGAAUAAAACACAAAUACCAUUGGAUAGAUUGGUUACGAGAUGGCCCUACAGAAGGUCCUCCACAAGAGGAAAAGGUUAUACAGGUGAUGGAAGAUGGGUGUAGGACAGCACAUAUAGCUUUGGUGGCAGUUGGAGAGAAACUCAAGUACAUAUUGGCAACAGAAAACAUGAAAGCAGGUGACAUUUUGAAGACAUCCAGAUAUCUUCCCCGAAUUCCAGUGAGGGCUAAUGAAGGUGAUGCAUAUGUUUUGGGAGCCUUACCCACUGGUACCCUGGUCCACUGCAUCGAGAAGGAACCAGGUCAAGGCGGCCUGUAUGUUCAUGCGGCAGGCACUUAUGGAACAAUCCUUAGAAGACAAGACGAUAGAAUAGUAGUUCAGAUGCCAUCCAAAAGGACAUUUAGUUUUAGUCCUUUGUGCAUGGCAGUUGUUGGUCGGCUGUCAAACGUAGACCACGGAGACACACCGAUAGGUUCCCCGCAGAGGAACCGCUGGCUAGGCAACAGGCCCCGCUCGGGGUUAUGGAAACGCAAAGAUGGCCGCCACGGACGCAAGAUCCGGCCCCCCAAACCAGUAAAGGAAAUAUCCGCUAGCAUGAAUCCCCCACCAGCCAAAAUCGUGCGAUUGACUAUGGUGCCGUAAUGUAGAUUGUGUACCCUCCUGUUUUUUCUUACGAAUGUGUUCUUACAUGUAAACUAUCUUCACAGUAGUUAUUGUACAAAAUAAAUAUUAGUUCAAACCGAUAUGUACAUUCUAAAAUAAAAUAUGUAUUAACCACCAAAGUAAUAUCGUAAAAAUUCGAAUUUUAUUUUGCUGUAAAAUCAUAAAGACAUGGUAAGAUUGUCUACAUAAUAAGAAUUGUUAGAAAAACAGAGUUUAGAUGAGUUUACGCUGGGCAAAAACGUUUAUCUCCUCUAUUAUCUGAGUUUUCCUGGUUCCUUCCUCAGCCAUUAAAGGUCAGAGCCCAGUCUUAGAUUAAUUAAAGAUGCAAAUUAUAA